CAACUCUUAACGGAAAACACUUCCCCCAUCUCUCCCCCUUUAUAUUCUCCAAGGAUCCUCCCCCUUCUCUCCCUGUCUUGGUUGUUAUUUUGCUUCUUUUUCACAAUCAAGACUCUCUCUCUCUCUCUCUCUCUCUCUCUCUCUCUCUCUCUUUCUCUCUCUCUCUCUUUGGCUUAAUUAGUUUCUUAUUUUCAUUUUUUUUCUCUUUUUUUAACUUUUAAUUUCUCGGAUUUCUCUUCCGAUAGUUCAUCAACUAUAUAGCUAUAGAAGAAGAGGAUUAAUCAAUUAAUCCUCUUCUCUUAAUUAGUUUGUGUUGUAUUCUGAUUAAGUUAUUCAGUAAAGAAAGAGAAUAUGUGCACUAGAGGCCACUGGAGGCCUGCAGAAGAUGAGAAGCUCAAGGAGUUGGUGGAACGAUAUGGACCUCAUAACUGGAACGCCAUAGCCGAAAAGCUCCAAGGAAGAUCAGGGAAGAGUUGUAGGUUGAGAUGGUUCAAUCAGUUGGACCCGAGGAUCAAUAGAAAUCCAUUCACAGAAGAGGAAGAAGAGCGGCUUCUUGCUUCGCACAGAAUCCAUGGGAAUAGGUGGGCUAUUAUUGCCCGGCUAUUUCCUGGUCGAACCGAUAAUGCAGUGAAGAACCAUUGGCAUGUCAUCAUGGCUCGAAGAUGCAGAGAAAGAUCCAGACUUUAUGCCAAAAGGGCUUCCCAGAAAUUGGGAAGCACUAAUGAAAGGAAGUCUUGUUUGAAACAAGCAGAGGAUGUUCAGAUGGUUAGCAAUUGUGAGAUUAAGAGCAGCUUUGCUUCUUUCAUUGAGAACUACAGGGAAAGAUGCAAGUAUCCCUUUCAUAGUACUUUCCCACUUCCAAAACAGUCCAACCUUCUAAAUUCGAGUCCCUGUUUCACAAUUCAUGAAGAGAACUCUCAGCCAAAGGAGUUUUAUGAUUUUCUGCAAGUAAACACAGAAUCCAAUGGAAGUGAAGUGAUAGACAACAAUUCAAGGAAAGAUGAUGAGCAGGAGGAGGUUAAUCAGAAGGAAGUUAUGGAGCAGCAGAGCAAAGCUUGUGUUCCAUUUAUAGAUUUCUUGUCUGUUGGAAGUUCUUAGCUAUCGUGAUCAAGGAUGAAAUUAAUUAAUUAAUUAAUUAAUUUCAGUCUAAAACAGUUAAUCAUCAUCACUUACAUAUACAUGUAAAGCUAACUAAGCAAUUAGCUAGUGAUCAACAAAAUGCAUCUGAUAUGAAGCUCUAGAGGCAUGAUUAUUUUGUAGCAUUUAAUUAGCUGAUCAGCUUGAAAAGCAGAAUUAGUAUUUCUCUAUACAAAAAAAGUUAGUCAUGCAUGAAAAACCACGUAUUGGUGAAAUAUAUUAUUAAUUCUCGCCAAA